AUGCAGGGUCGAGACUACGACUCAGACGACGCCAGAGAAGACCACAAAAUGCGUCUCGUUUCAGCCCGUUUGCAAUGGGAGCAAUUCCUGAAAUCUCGGCCGAGGACGCACAGUACCAUUUCCUUGCGUUCCGGGCAGAUUGCGCCGAGUUUAUCCUUCGAAUCGCCUCAGGUGCUCCUGCCGCCGACAGACGACGCCCGAUGUCAGAGUCGCAGCGGCAGCAUAUCUUCACGAGGCUCUCGUCGGAAUAGCGCAGAUCGUCGCGGCAGCGCUGUAGGCAUCCGUAUGACACAAGCUGCUGCAUUGGCAGAGUGGGACGGCCUCUCCGGACACAAAGAACUUGUAGCACGGAUGCUUGCCACUGCUCCGGCACCUCGCCAGCUGUCGCCGUACACCGAAGAGGAAGGGGACGAUGGGUGCGUCAUCUCUGUGCCGCAGACUCAUCACCGGCCAACGCGGCAUCAAGCACGUGUGCCGUCAGAGGUCGUUCGCUACAACUCCUACGACGACGACGACGACGAAGACGAGGCGGAGGAGGUGCACCAUCAUCUUCGGCACCAACGACACCACGGCCCCUCUUCGAGGAGCACAGAAUCUGAGGGCGAAAAGCAAUUAAUAUUAUCUGAAAGGGGCAUGGAGUUUUCCAGAAACAUGCGGGACUACGAGUCUCAGUUGAAAUCGCAACAGGCCGCAGCCAAGAGGAGCCACAAAAUGCGAGCAAGGCCUUCGUCCCAAAAGAAAAAUCCCGUUUCGAAGCUAAUGGAGCCCGACGGGAAGAUUCUCGGGUCGCCCGAGUCGCUUUGUUUUUCGCGUGAUACUCGAAAUUGGAAAAUAUUUGUUUCUUCUGGAGACGAGGAGGACGAAUGCGUCGCAAAACGUCGGGCACUUUGGUGCUUGUUUUUUAUUGAAUGGAAAUUCCUGCAUAUUGUUCGAGUUCCCACCCAGCGGCGCGCGGCGUGCUGUCUGCGGGAGGGAAGCCCGGGCGAGCAGCAAGCAAAGCGAGCCAGGAGCGGGCAAAACGCGCGGGCCCGCCGAGCCCGGGGUUUCGAAGCGGACGCGCGCCAGUUGCCCGCGUGCCGUCGGAGUGCGCUCAUGGUUUUUCACAGUCAGGCGUCGUGGUCAUCGUCGUCGUCGUCGUCGUCGUGUGAUGGGUAUAGAGGAGCAGAAAUGCCCGUCGUGUUUUUCAGCAAGCGCACCACAUGUGUACUGAAAAUGUGUGCGUGUGUGUUGUGGUUCAAGAGUCGUUCGAGCCAACAUGCUGGUGCCGAGGGUGGUUCAUUGUCCUGA